AUGGUAAUGUCAUCUUUCCCAAUAUCCUGCUCUGUCUUUAACAUCGGUCUGGUAGGACCUUGGUCAUGUGACCCUUUCCUUUCCAAGGCAUUUCCUCAAGUGGCUAUGAAGUUAGCCCUGGAGCGAAUGAAGAAGGACCCCUCAAUUAAUCUUGCCCAUGAACUGGACUGCUCAUUACGCGAUGAAGAGUGCCAAACUUGUAAAGCCCUGGCGGGAUUCAUAGCCAAUGAAAAACAACUGUCAGUUUUCAUAGGACCUCUGAACCCUGGCUACUGUGACACCGCCUCCCUGCUAGGAAAGAGCUGGGAUAAAGCCGUUUUCUCCUGGGUGUGCAUCAACGAUGAAUUGGACAACCCAAGAACCCAUCCCACGUUUAUAAGAACAUUGCCCCCUCCAAGUUCCAUACUCCUGGCUGUGCUGAAAUACUUCAGCUGGGCUCACGUUGGCAUCAUCAGUUCCAAAGAGGACCUUUGGGUGGACACGGCCAAUAAACUAGCCAUGGCUCUGAGAACCCGGGGUCUACCCGUCGGCGUUGUGGCCUCAACAGGGAAAGGAGAUGAGAGUGUGGAAGGGACUUGGGCAAAGAUCCAAGCUGCUGGGAACAUCAAAGUUAUAAUUCUGUGCAUGCACUCUGCUCUCAUCGGAGGAGAAGACCAGGCUGCUUUGCUCACCAAAGCUCAGGAAAUGGGUCUGACGGAUGGGAGAUACGUCUUUGUGCCCUAUGACACCCUGUUCUACAGCCUUCCAUAUCGAAACCAUUCCUACUUCAUUCUGGAAAACGACCGUGCGUUCCGAGAGGCUUACGACGCAGUGUUGACGAUUACUCUACAGUCUGGGGAGAGGACCUUUUACGAGGCAUUUGAGGCAGCGAAACAAAGGGGUGAAAUAACAAUCGAUGUGGAACCGCAACAGGUCGCUCCACUCUUUGGCACCAUCUACGAUGCCAUUUACCUCGUCGCGAAAGCUUUCGCCAAGGCACGUCAGCACGGGACCGCCAAGAUCUCAGGGACCGCAUUGACCCAGCAUGUCAAGAACCUGGAUUUUGCUGGAUUCAUCCGCAGGGUCCAGGCUGACAGCAAAGGGCAACCACUGGCCAACUACAUCAUCCUGGACACGGAUGGCAAAGGGAGCCGCCUUUUUCCAACCUACUUGCUGGUUUCCCCCUCCGGCUUGGUGACGUCCCUGGGGAGAGCGGUGCAUUUUCCUGGAAGAGGGCCACCCCCAGCCGAUUCCAGCUGUUGGUUUGAUCCAGACGUUCUCUGCAUUCGAGGUAUUAUUAUUAUUAUUAUUAUUAUUAUUAUUAUUAUUAUUAUUAUUAUUAUUAUUUAGAUUUGUGGGUUUUUUUUGUUCCAAUUCCUUUUCAGGCACAGUGCCCUCUAUCACCAAGUCAUCAAAGGGUCUAAGAAGUUACUGCUGACCCUGGAUGACCUCACUUUCGUACACACCAAGCUCAGCAGAAUGCGUCUGACUCUAGACAACCUCAGCGAGUCCAAGAGCAACUCAGAAGGCCGAAGUUUGAGAUCUGCAACCCAUUCCUUGUCUGUGAAAAGCACUGCUAUGACGUACGAAACCUCCAACGUGGCUGUGUACGAGGGAGAUUGGGUAUGGUUGAAGAAGUUGGGGUCUGGAGCAACCAAUGAUCUGAGACAGCAUACUACCUGCUUGCUAAGCAAGAUGAAGGACAUGCGCCAUGAAAAUGUGAACCCAUUUUUAGGCCUUUUAUCGGACGGGGGCCGUUCUGCCAUGGUGAUGGAGUACUGCUCCAGAGGGAGCCUGGAAGAUUUGCUGCGAAAUACAGACAUUAAGCUGGACUGGAUGUUCAAAUCUUCUCUUCUGAUGGACUCAAUUAAAGGAAUGAAAUAUUUGCACCAUCAGGAUAUUUGCCAUGGGCGUCUCAAGUCUCGCAACUGUGUGGUGGAUGGACGGUUUGUGCUGAAGAUCACCGACUACAGCUGCUGUGAGCUAUUAGGAGCACAGCACACCCUAUAUAUUCAGCCGCCGGCAGAAGAACUGCUCUGGACUGCUCCGGAGUUGCUGAGGGAUCCAGCCAUGCACCCGAAAGGCACCUUUAAAGGAGACGUGUAUAGUUUUAGCAUCGUCCUGCAAGAGGUUGUUCUCCGGGGGGCCCCGUACUGCAUGUCCGAAAUACCGGCUGAAGAAAUUAUCCGAAAGCUGAAGAAACCUCCGCCCUUGUACCGCCCGAGUGUUUCCCCAGAAAAUACCCCCUUGGAAUGUAUCCAGCUCAUGAAACAGUGCUGGAGCGAAAUACCGGACCGGAGGCCAACAUUUGAUGAGAUCUUCGAACAGUUCAAAGCCAUCAACAAAGGCAAAAGGACGAAUAUCAUCGACUCCAUGCUGCGGAUGCUGGAACAGUAUUCCAGCAACCUGGAAGAAUUAAUCCGAGAUCGGACCGAAGAAUUGGAGAUCGAAAAGCAGAAGACGGAGAAACUGCUCACCCAAAUGCUUCCCCGGUCGGUGGCAGACACUCUGAAAACCGGCGCUACCGUUGAGCCAGAAUAUUUUGAUGAGGUCACCAUCUACUUCAGUGACAUCAUCGGCUUCACCACCAUCUCUGCCCUCAGCGAGCCCAUUGAGAUUGUGGAUCUCCUGAAUGACCUGUACACCCUGUUUGACGCUAUCAUUGGCCAUCACGAUGUUUACAAGGUAGAAACCAUCGGCGACGCGUACAUGGUUGCAUCGGGCUUGCCAAAACGCAACGGCCGCAGACAUGCCGCUGAGAUUGCCAACAUGGCACUGGACAUCCUCAGCUCAGUGGGGUCCUUCAAAAUGAAGCACCUUCCCGGCGUGCCUAUCAGGAUACGGAUGGGGCUACACUCAGGUCCUUGUGCUGCAGGCGUGGUGGGUCUUACCAUGCCCCGGUAUUGUCUCUUCGGCGACACGGUGAAUACGGCUUCCCGGAUAGAAUCCACUGGGUUGCCAUACAGAAUUCACAUCAGCCAAAGCACAAUGAAAACACUUCGGCGUCUAAAUGAAGGGUAUAAAAUAGAAUUCAGGGGGAAGACCGAACUGAAGGGCAAAGGCUUGGAAGAAACCUAUUGGUUAGUAGGGAAAAAGGACUUCACGAAACCACUGCCACGCCCUCCUGAAACGAAACCAGGGUGA